GAAAUGGUGGGCUUCAAUUGAAUACAACAGAUCCGACUUCUACGCCGGAUGUUCAACAAACACAACGAUAAGAACACGCUUAAUAUCUUUAAAUCUGAAAGAUAUUGUUGGAAAUUGUGGAGCUCUUUUCUUACUAAGCCCGGUUGUUCGGCGCGCGGACGUCAAACUUGGAUAUUUUCCGUCUGACUAUUUUAUACGGCUUCAAACAAAAACCAGACGAACAUGGAAGAAAAACAUCCAUGACAUACAGCUACAAGAAGGUUUUUGCGAAGAGGAAAUGGUUUCUGAAUAUUUGUACAUAUUGACAUUAUUUAACUUCGAAGAAAGAGAUGAAGGAACAUAUACUUUAAGUUGCAGUCAAGGUGGCAACACGGAAUCUAUGCAGCUUCAUAUUCAAGAGCCACCAAGUUAUCCAGUUAUCGGUCCAAAAUCGGCUGACUUUAAUACAACAGGAUGCAUAUAUGUUGAUCAGGGCUCCGACUUGUAUUGCAAAACUGAAAAUGGAACAGAACCUGUACAAGUAGAACUUUUAUUUGGCCAUGAUUUGUUUAUUUUUGCUGAAAGCAAAUGGAACAAAGGAGUGUACCGUUUCCAAAACGUUUCUCAACAAAUGGAUGGACUGUCGAGACGGAAUGUGACAUGCCUAGUUUCAAAUGCAGCCACUGUAACGCCAUACGAAGUACACGGCAUUCUAUGUAACGUAGAGAAUGGAAGCCAGCCCAUACUUACUGUUCCUGAAUUUCUUUUUGGAGAAAGCUCUUCACCAAUAUGUGAAGUGCGCAAUGCUGUCCCUGCUCCGGCAAUAGAACUACGCAUUGGCGAAAUUUUGCUAGCAUAUGUUCAACAAAUCGAUUUAUUUAAUGGAUCUUCUCAUACGUUUACUAGCACAGCAACGACGACAAAGACUAACAAACUGUGGAAUGGAAAAGAUAUGUGCUGCACCAGGAAAAGCAAAUACGAUUUUGGUAUUAAAAAUGUUGCAGUAUGCAAAACGAUUAAUAUGAAAUUUCCCCCUACUGGCAUUUCGAUGUCCGUAAACAAAACACAUGACUACAACAACAAUAUUUCUGCAUGUUUCCUACAUGUGUCUUGUCAAACAAAUGAAUCAAAUCCACCUUGCACGAUUGAAUGGUCAAGCGACAACAAUAAUUUGAGAUACAUUCAGAGAAACAACUGGUCGAAUGGUGACAGUGAGGGUUACCGUUCAUUUUCAAACGUACUUUACAAAAUGACAAAAAACAUGGCUGGGGGAACAAUAACAUGUUCAACAAGAUGCGAUCAUUUCCCAUCUCAUUUCAAUAUAAAUGACUCAUUGUCUUUUAAAGGUGACCCGACAUUGCAUUUGAACACGACAUCACCUAUUAACUUAUAUCCGAAUACUACAGUGACAGUCAAAUGUUUUGUUGAUGAUUGCAAUGUAAAAGGGCAAUGGACGUUUCGAUGGGAAACUGAAAAUAAGACUGAAAUAAAGACUUGUAAAAAAACAGAGGAAUGCCUUUUGACACUGAAUUAUACGGGAGAUGAAGUGAUGACAUACAUUUGCAGCGCAUGGAAAUUAGAAGAGCUUCUGAGAAACUCCUUGACAGUUUUAAACUCAUUGACAGAAGGUUGUCCGACUCUGUAUUUGAACGCGACAUCACCUGUUGAUUUACAUCCAAAAAUGAAGUUGAUCGUCAAAUGUUUUGUUGAUGACUGCCAUGUAACAGGGCAAUGGACGUUUCGAUGGGAAGAUGAAAAUAAGACUGAAAUAACGUCUUGUAAACAAACAAAGGAAUGCCUGUUUACACUGAAUUAUACGGGAGAUGAAGAGAUGAUAUACAUUUGUAUCGCAUGGAAAUCAGACGAGCUUCUGAGCCUUUCAUUGACAGUUUUAAACACAAUAACAGAAGAUGUAACAACCAACCCUGCACAAGAUGUUACCCAACAGUGGUAUACGCCGGUCAUUUACGCCGUGUCGGGAACAAUUGUAGUUUUAACACUAGCAACGCCUACCGGACUACUAUGUUGGCGAUGCAAACAUCAUGUUUAUGAAACUCUUCUACGUCGAAGAAGAACUGCAGGCAAAGAGCGAAGUGCACAUGUGUACGAUGAUGUUCAGUCUAAUGUAGAGACAACUGCGCUUCACAAUCUAAGAGGAGUGUCUGCACGAGCCAUCGAGAACAAAGACGCACCACCACAAUUGGAUAUGGAAGGUGACCAAGCCCGUUCAAACGAGACUGUCAGUCACUACGACUAUGUGGAUACCCCAUCCGCUGACAGAGACCGUCGAACAGACGCACCAAAUGAAAAUUAUAUCCAUGCUAUAUAACCGAUUAAGCAA